CAGAAUUGAACCAGAUUUGAAGCUUCAUACACAACAUGGUCACAUGGACACACCGAAGAACACUGAUGAAGUGCCAAAGGAAUCUAACUUGAUGUCUCAGAUUCAUGUGCAUAGAAUUGCAUUAGAUCUAAUCCCUCCAGAUUUUGAAUUAAUUUCAUUUAAUUGAAGAAUUAAGUAAGAUUGAUUGAUUUUAUAUUGUUUAACGUCCCUCUCGAGAAUAUUUCACUCGUAUGGAGACGUCGCCAUUGCCGGUGAAGGGCUGCAAAAUUUAGGCCUUUUCUUGGUGCUUAUGGCCUAUGAGCAGGAAGGGAUCUUUAUCGUGACACGGGACCUCGGUUUUUGCCGUCUCAUCCGAAGGACCGCCCUUUUUAGUCGGCGCUUAUGACAAGAAAGGGGUACUUAGGACCUAUUCUAACCCGAGGAGGGGGGGGGGGAUACUAAGGACCUAUUCUAACCCGGACCCCUGAAUUAAGUAAGAAGAAGCCUGAAAGUUCUACAAUGUAGAUUCUAUGGAGAGAAUCUGGACUUUUACUAAGCCAUAGAAUCCCACUGGUUUACUAACUUCAAAUGAUAAUGGAUGUUAUUGGUGGUUGCAUGGAAGCGAACCUCACAAACUCAGUCCAGUGUAUCAUACAACAACCUUGGUCAGGCAUACAUAAUGUAUUCAGUCAAUAACCUAUAACUAUCACAUAACAAAUAGUGGGCAACAUUAGGAGAUGGCUAAUGGUCAAUAUUAUGUGAUUGUAGGUAAUAUUACCAAACAUUUGAAAUUGGUUAUUAUAAGACAGUUAAUAGUUUUGAUUGAGGAGAUGACAGUGCUACAGUUUAAAGUUUUAGAAUAGCAGGGCUUCAAGAGGAGCCUUCUUGAAUGAUAUCAAUAACAAACUGCUUAAAAGAACCUAAUGCUGCUCAUGUUAACACAAUGUUUACAGAAAAAAAUGAAGUGGUUUUUGCAGCAGUGGAGUCCUUUUAGUACACAACAUGAAGGAUAAUAUAUAAGUGAUAAUGUGAAUUAGUGUGCAAUAUUUACAGUGUGCUUUACAGUCCACAGUAUAUCAUUUAUGGAAUCUGUACCAAAAAAUCGUUAAAAUUCCCUUGGUUCAGACUAAGAUUUGUAUUCUUUUAAAAGAAAUCAACAUGAUAGUGUAUUCAAAGCAGUUGAUACAAUCCUUCAACAUCAAACUAAAGAGACCUUAUUCAUAGCUGUGUACCUAAUGAUAGGUUGCAUAUUUCUGGGCCGUAGUAGAAUAGAAAUAAAGUUUGUUUUCAUGGAAAUGUUUGAAAUAUGAAAGCAUCUGUUUUAUAUUUCAAAACAACAUUUCUCUACCUCAAAAGUUAUCCUGCAACACGCACGAAAAACGCUAUAUCUUUAUUUCUUAAUUCAAAUAUGCUACUAGUGCUAUUAAACAACAAUUGUCCAUUGGAAUCAAACUCCUGAUCAGUAUAAUUAGACACAUAAUUCAUUUAGCCAGAAUGAACAGUUUAAUUAAUGUACCUAUUAAUUAAUGUAUAAAUCCACAUUGUGACUUAUACCAUUCAAGAUAACAUUUUCACAUGUUGUUGACAGCUUUAUUUGAAAUUAAUGAUUUUAUAGACCAUUUUCAAUGUAAUUACCAAAUCAUUUCUAAUUAAAUGAACUACAAUACUGGGAGCAUAGAAAAUAUUGAAACUGAUGAAUUUAGGAAUACAUUUUUAUUGUAUCUAUAAUACAUUUGUUUCCUAGUGAUAGUUUUUGUCUUGAAAUUGACUUGUGAAAAGCAUGCCAUUUGAAGGUUGAAUUACAUGAUUGUAGACAUGUUUUAUAAUUGAUUGCAAAGAUGAAGUUUUGAGUUACAGACUCCUAGACUUCUAUUAUCCAUGGUUUAGCAAAUGCUACCAUGGAAACAUAUUCCAUUAUUGAAUAUUUAGUCUACUUGAAAACCUGGUGAGUGUUUUAACAGAGUUAGACUCCUGAAGUGGAAAUUUGGUUCUUUAGAAGAGGGGAGAACAAAAAAGACAGCAGGUGUCAAUUUCCUGUCAUGAAGUUUUACCCAAGAACUAAAAUAUUGAUCAUGAGCUUUAGGGUUUUAUCCCCCGCGUGCGAGUGCGAAGAUUUGCUGUGAUCGAAUGUGACAAGAAUUUACUUAUAUCUGCACGCAAUUAUGACAAAAAACAGCUAAGCUCCAAUCAUGUCAAAUAGAUGUGACAAUAACGAAAUUUUGCAAACACGACACUGACAGUGCCGUCAAACUUCCUCUGCUGUUUUAUUUGGGAGGGAAGGGGGGGGGGGGUAUGAAGGUGGUUGGGGUGUAUUACUUUCAUAGUAAUUAACUUUUGAUAUUUACCUACAUGUGAUUGUCAUUCUUUUAAAACUGGUUUAAAGGAGAAAGUCUUUAAAAUCGUAUGACCAUCAUUAAGCAGAUUCUAGGUAUCUGUUAGCAGAUAUGUAGUUAUAAUUUUGUGGGGUGGGAAUAAUAUUACUCAUGUAAAAAUAAGAUGUAUUGAUCGGGUGUGGUGCAGCAAUUGUGAAGUACAUAUAGGUAUGCUAGACAUCAGUUAAUAUCGAGAACGUUUGCCUCAAAACCCAGAUUCUCACUAAUUCAAAACAUUACCCCAUCUCCAUUGAAAAUCUAUAUAGUAAUCCCAAAAAGAGUAAAGGACUUAUCUUUAUAUAAUGUAUUGGUCUAAUUAUGGCAUGUAUUCUGGGAACAUGAAUCUACAUCCAGCUGCAGUAUGUUAAAUCAAUGUCUGCUGGAUGUCUCUCCUGGGAAAGGUUGGAGAUUGCUGGUGGUGGAGGUGAUAAUUGAUUUAUGAUAUGGUAAUUUUCCUGUGUUUUCCUGCUAGGAUCAGCUCCGAACACAGAGCAGACAUGGUGUCAAUCUCAUCAUUGGAAAGUGAUCUGUUGAGUCCAUAAAACGGAUGGUUAAUGCCAAAGAGUUGAGCUAAUCAAAGUCAGACGAAUGUUUGAUCUGGCUUCUUCUUUAUAGGAAGAAUUUCCUGUUACAAAUAAGGAGAAAUUUGAAAAAUUUUCAUGUGAGGAAAUCUCAUGUGGAAAUGUAUAGAUGGUAUAUAUGAAAGUAGAACACAAUUCUUAUAUCUCUCUCAAUGGUAGCUAUACUUGUACAUGUACCCAUAUUAAUCCCGAUCACCAGAAUUCAGGCCAUCGAAAACAAGCGUUUUUUCUUGUUGCCUAAUUGUCAAUUGGGCUAUAAUGUGCUAUCCUCCCUAUUAUAUAGAGAAAAAUUCAGUGGUCAAGAGUUCAAGCCCAGCCUGGGGCAGAAGUGGGUAUCCCGAACAUGGUAAAUGUCGAGUGGUUUAUGUGUUGAAUAUUUUUCUUCACUGAGGGCAGUUAUGUUAGGUAAAUAUGUAUAAUAAGAGAAAUGCAUAUAUUGAGCAUGAUUCUCAUCCAACAACGACUGACUCACAAAUCUUAUUGAAAAGGUAGAGUGUGGCACAGUAUUCGUAGGAAAUAUUUCUUCUUUUAAACUGGGUUAGAUGGUCAAGUGGAUUGAAUGUGCUGUCCAACCUUCUAGGAUGAACUUUUCUGUCCAUUUAAUACUGCAGAAUAUAUUCCACUACAGUGAGUUUGUGUGGUAAGUCGGCACAGUAGUGAGAAUCGGGACUAAUUUACACUAAUGGGCCCACUUGAAUUGGUUUCACUGACUAUAUGUCUCUACUGGUGAUACAUUUGAGUUGUUUUGUGACAUGGUAAUGUUAUCUUUAGAGUAUAGGCUUGCUGGUUGCUGUUUUUGAAUGGAUAUGAAUGUGUUUGGGAUGACACACAUUUUUCGGGAGCCACUUGAUAUGUUUAGCUGUUGGAUAUUUUGCACAACUUUUAUAUAAAAGUCCUAUAUAUUUUUUCUAUGACAUAGUAGGCAAAUUAUAUUUAAUUUUUGAAAAGUGUGUUGCAGAAACCUUUACUACAUAAUUAAAAGAGAGAAACCAUAAAAACCAUUGGUCUCUUGAUAUUUCAGUGAUGUCCUUAAAAUGUUCUUCAUUUGCAUCCCCAGCGAUGAUUAGUGUGGUCCUUUAAAUGAUGUCUCUGUUUCAGCCUAGCUGUGUUAGAAAUACUGUGCUGGGACACUCUAGGGAGACCUUGUAAUAUAGUAUCACUAUUUUCUGGUGUGAAGUGCUCAUUGGACAUACCCCAGGGGACCUCAGAAAAUCUAUUCAUAUUGCACGGCUUUGAUUGAGAGGCAUUGACAGGGGGUUAUUGGAUUUCCAUGUCUGAUGUGAUGGUCUGUGGUUUUACAGUUCUUCACAAUUAGCAUGCAAGGUGUGUCCGCUGAGGCAUUGUAAACAUGGCUUGGUGGGGAUUAGAGCUGUCACACUCUGGGCCAGAGACUUUCUUUCUAGGAAUAAGAUGAUUCUUUCUUUCAUAGGCAAUAAAAAUAAAUUAUUUCAAUUUACAAAUGUGUUGUAAUAGGACAAUGAUUGUAAAAAUGAAUUCUUGGUGCCAAUUGAAUGGUGAUUAAAGAAUUGAACGAGCAAAGAUUUUUUGGUUCAUACCAAGAGCAGAUAACUCACUUGCAUAUAUCUUGAUUCAUUAACAAAUUGCAAGCAUCGAGACUGAUUUAGGAUCUCUUCAGGAAUUUUGAAAGCUGCUGCCAUUGAUUUUGAUGUUAUAUCUGUAAAGUUUCAUUGAUAUAGAGGAGAGUUGAACUUAUUAUCCUUUUCUUGUCCAGUUUUCAUAGAUUUUGUGUUUUCAAGCAAAAAAUUAAUCAGUUGUUGAUUAUCUGCUAAUUUUCCACCUCCCUGAACUGAAGUUUAGAAAUAUGUCUUAUCAGGAACUCCAUAAUUAUGAUGAAAGUGAAAUCCACUAUUUCUACCGCAAGCCAUUAUGAUAAACCUUUGAAGCCUACCUUUGAAGCCUCGGUGUUCCAUAAGAGUGUACUGUCUUUGAACAGAUUCAUCAGUGGAAAACUACAUUGAUUUUCAUAAAGGCUUGAUUUAUCUGUGUUAAUUAUGUGCCAUGGUUUAUCCUCGUUGUGUUUUGUUAUUCAUGUUGUUUAUUUUGAUAU